ACCCAUUAGACAGAAAAAGGGCAAUAAUUUCCAGGAAUUAAGAUCCGGUCUUGUUCCAAACCGUUGCAUUUCCCGGAGAACCACGGCUACCUCUCAGCAGGCGCAGAACGUGAGCCAUGUCUCGACACCCCCGGCAUUCAAUCGCAGCCUAUCGCCCUUCUACUUCAUCCCCGUCAUGGAGGCAAAGCGUGAAGAGUUCUGUCUGUCGCUGGUCGGGCUCAUGUCCCAGAUAAGUGUCACUUAUGCCGACGGUAUGGGUGCGUGACGUCAACCCAAACGGACGGCAGCAAAAGAUGAUCUUUUUGGUUUUACUAUGUUUAUAUUCUUCUGUAGAGCCGCAUCUCUGGGGAAGAGGCUAUCGAUAAUACUCCUUUUUUGACUCUUUUUUUUUGGGUGCUGCUCGAUCAACCCCACGCUCUUAUACACCACUUGACCUAUCUAUUUACUCAACUCGGAUCGUCCCUAUGUCCGAUAUUCACCCCGCCCUUAGGGACACUAAUGCACCCGAUGGCGCUGUUGCUGACGGGACUGACGGGGUUGGCGGGAUCGACGAGCGUGAUCUGGAGAAGCAGAAAGAAGCUCCUCGUCGGGGUACACACACAUCCAGUGCACACGGGGAGAGUACCCAUCACGAAAAGAUAAAAAAGGACGAGGAAAAUGGCGAAGAGGAGAAGGUCGAACUGACAGAACAGGAAUGCUACGACAAGCUCGGCUACUCGUGGCCGACGUGGAAGAAAUGGUCCAUUCUCACUGUCAUUUUCAUAGUCCAGGUGUCCAUGAAUUUCAAUGCGAGCUUCUACGCCAAUGAUGUGGGCCUGUUAUCUAAACAUUUCCACAUCUCGAAACAGGCUGCCCGCGUGGGACAAAUGGAUUUUCUCAUGGCCUAUGGUAUUGGUAGCGAGUUCUGGGCUCCCUGGAGUGAAGAAUAUGGGCGCUGGCCUAUUAUGCAGCUCAGCUUGACCCUGGUCAAUAUCUGGCAGUUGCCUUGUGCUCUUGCGCCCAACUUCGGGUCUAUUGUUGUCUGUCGUAUCCUGGGCGGACUGUCGUCUGCUGGUGGCUCAGUGACGCUUGGUAUGGUGGCGGAUAUGUGGGAGCCAGAUGAACAGCAAUACGCUGUAGCAUUCAUUGUCCUGUCGUCCGUUGCUGGUUCAGUCAUUGCGCCUAUCAUUGGAGGGUUCGUUGAGAAGUUUCUCGAUUGGCACUGGAACUUCUGGCUGCAACUUAUCCUGGGGGGAUUUGUGCAGGCGGUUCAUUUCUUCGUCCCGGAGACCCGGUGCAGUAUCCUGGUAACCAAGGAGGCGAGAAGGCGUCGUAAGAACGGGGAGAACGUCUGGAGUGGUGACGAGCUCAAAGGCAAACGCAUCAAUGUCAAGCACUGGGUCAUGAUCUGGAUACGUCCGUUCAUCAUGUUCGUCCGCGAGCCGAUUGUGCUCUGUCUUUCGCUUCUCAGCGGGUUCAGCGAUGCUCUUAUUUUCACCUUUCUGCAAUCCUACGAACCUGUGUUCAAACAGUGGGGAUUCACUACUAUUACUAUCGGAUUGGCUUUUAUUCCGAUCUUGGUUGGAUACCUCCUUGCAUAUAUCUCUUUCAUCCCUUGGUUCCAUCGACACUGUCGAGUGAGAGAAAGGGAUCCCCAAGCUCUUCAGCCAGAAGCUCGUUUAUACUGGCUUCUAUACACCGCACCCCUAGAAACGAUCGGUUUAUUCGGCUUCUCCUGGACUAGUUUCGGCCCUCCGCGCGUACACUGGAUCGCCCCGAUGAUCUUCUCCAGUCUAAUUGCGUGGGCUAAUUAUGCUAUCUACAUGGCCACGAUCGAUUAUAUGGUAGCUAGUUACGGUCCCUACGCCGCAUCAGCUACAGGUGGGAACGCCCUAGCCCGAGACUUCCUGGCUGGUAUAGCGGCCAUGUAUUCUACACCGAUGUACGAACACAUGGGCAAUCUCGAAUGGCCCUCAACUCUCCUCGCCUUUCUAGCCAUCAUCUUUACAAUCCCCAUCUACAUCUUCUACUGGAAGGGCCCUAAAAUCCGACAGAAAUCCCGUUUCGCGCAGACCCUCGCUUCGGACAGAAAGGAAUCGGGAGCACGAGUCUCCUCGUGCGGAUCUGGCGAACCAGGUCCUGAGGAGUCGUAUCUCCAUCAUUGCUCGAGCGGCCAUUCUUCCGGACGAUCUUCGAGGUCGAGACCGAGAUCUUGCAGGCCGCCGCCUGAAGAUUUAACUGGAACUGAAUCAGACACACAUUCUGCUCCUGUUAAUAGCGUUGAGAGCGGUUCUGGGCGGACUCGUUGGAAUCUGCCUGAUGCAACGAUGGAUGGAGUUGCAAAUCGGUAGUAAUUAAUGCUUGUUAAUGUAUUUUCGUUGUUUGAUUCAUAUGUUGGGUGUUUGUGUG